CUAAAUGUUCCAAGUUGAACAUUCCAUUUUUCCAUUCUUCAACUCUUCGAUUACUUCUUUUCCUCCCUUCCAUUCCUCAGCAGCUAUGUCGAAACAGUCGCAACUUCGCUCCUUAUAUCGCUCGCUUCUCCGGGAGCUUCCACCAAAACCGCUCCCGUCCACAUCAUUAUCGAAAACUCGAUCGCCCUUACAUCAACGACUAAGGCAAAGCUUUGCCGACGAUGCGCCACACCAGCACGCCGUCGCCCAAGCCGACCAGCUACUUCAAUAUCUAAAGGCUCAGAGGCAAUACACAGCAUUGCUAGAGCGAUAUAAUCCUGGCAUGAAUAUGGAUGACGAGGAACGUGUUAGACUGACUGCCCGCCGGGUCGGUAUGGACUUGCCAGUAGAAUAUGAGAAGAAUAGCGAAAAGAGUUGAGCGAUGAGUUCACAAAUAUUAAAGGGAAAAUAAACAAGCACAAAUUCGAUUGAGCUUUCAGGUGAACUUGCGACCUUGGAUUCAACGAACCUCUGCUCGUAGUGGCAUCUGAGAGCUCUCGACUCUCAAAUCAAUCCCGAGGUACAUUGAGUAUGGAAUUCCGUUACCAGCUUCAACGCGGGGCCACCCAAAGAAAUAUCACGAUUGUCCACACUGCCUAUGGUGUAUCACGGGACAUCGAUAAUUAAUGGAAACAAAAAUACGGACUCAUAUAACCAAUUAUCGAUCUUCAAUCAAUACCAAGGUUGAACGUACUUUUGCAUAUCAACAACCGCUGCGGGCAGCUCUUAGCCAAUAGCAUCUGAGUAAUUCCACAAUUAAAAAAGGACCAGUCUUCAGCAAAUUCCCGUUCAACCUGACAAUUUCGCAACAAAGCAUCUACCUAGUAGCUUUAAUAGACU